GAAGCUGUGACUCCAGUGGGAGGGUUUUAUUUCCAGCCUGCAAGAUCUCCUCGGACGAGCUCACUUCUGCACGACAUAGAAUUUGCCAUGGCAUCUCCACUGAAGAGUCUGGUUAAUGAUGAUAGCAGGUACCAGAAAUCCUUCCAGCUUUUUCUGGAGCGUUCCUCUGAGCAUCAGUGUAUGCAGGACUUCAUCCACAGUAAGCUGCCAGACAUACUGGCCAGCAUUGGAGAUGGAAAGUCCCAUCUAAAUGUCAUUGGAGUCGGAAGCGGAGCUGGUGAGAUUGACCUAGAGAUGCUCUCCGAGCUCCGUAUGAAGCACCCAGGGGUGACUGUGGAUAACGAGGUGGUGGAGCCCAGCAGCCAGCAGCUACAUAACUACAGAGUUUUGGUGUCACAGAAACCAGGUUUAGAUUACAUCAAAUUUACCUGGAACAAGAUGACUGCCUCUGAGUUUGAGGAGCACUGGAAAGUGAAAAAGAUGACAAAGAAAGCUGACUUCAUUCACAUGAUACAGAUGCUGUACUAUGUGCAGGAUCCUGGAGCUACCAUCAACUUCUUCAGGAGUCUCCUGGAUAAGAAUGGGAAGCUUCUUAUCAUCCUAGUGUCUGGGGAGAGUGGUUGGGGAAAGCUGUGGCGGACUUACAGAGACCAGCUUUGUAACACAGAAAUAAGUCAGUGUGUGACCACUGGAGACAUCAAAAGCGUCCUGGACUCCAAGGGAGUGAGCUACCAGAGCUACGAGCUGCCAUCUGAAAUGGAUAUCACAGAGUGUUUCACUGAAGGGGAUGAGAAGGGAGAGCUGCUCCUUGAUUUUCUCACUGAGGUACUGGACUUCAGUAAGACAGCCUCACCUGAGCUGAAAGCUGGUGUCAUGGAGCUACUUCGACAUCCAGACUGUAGUGUGGAGUCCAACGGCAGAGUUAUUUUUAACAACAACCUCGGAGCAUUAGUCAUAGAUCAGCUCUCUUAAAAACAGUCAGUUAGUACAGUGAACAUGAAAUUUGCAGUAUAUUGCUAACAUAGUUGUUGAGUUUUAAACAGGAUGAUCGUUCAAUAGUUUACAUUGUAUAAUCAACUGUAUAUAAUGAAGAAGCUUUUAGUAUUUGUGGGAAAUACCUUGUUUUACAUAGUCAGUGGUACAAACAUUCCACACAACCUGAACUAUCUCUAAGAGGAUUUUGAUUUUAUAGGUUUUCUAAGAACAUGUAUUUGGGGUUAAUUAUUUAUUAAUUUGAUAUUAAUUCUUCUAUGCUUGUGCAAAAUCAAAAUUCCUUAAUUGUAAUUAACACAGUUUGUUGCAUUGCCAUGACCCACUCUGAUUUUCUAACAAAUGUAAAUAUCAGAGUUUUAAUCAGCUUCAAAUUGUAGCUUCAUAUAAUUUUAAUGGGCUACAGUUGGCAGGCUGUGCUGCCAACCCCAUCACAGUCCUGCUCUCAUUGGAUCAUAUUACUUUGGAAAUAUAAUAAUAAAUGGAAAAUUGAGCAUUUAGUGUUUUCCACGGAGAUUGAGCUCUUAAUUUUAGAUAAGCUGAAUGCUCCUGUGAGAGUGUCUGGAGCUAUUCUAGUUUGCAUACACUGCAGCUGUUGUGGAAGUUAUGUACAUGGUGACACAUGCAAUGCAUUGGUUAUAUAAACACGGGCACAAUGGCAGCAGCCGCUGUGAGUGUUUGUCAUCACCCAGAAUGAUUAUUCCUGGUAUAGCUGAAGUGUUGGCACCAUCUUGAGGGCAGCAUCUGUAACUAAGCCUUGAAAUGUGGGCAUAUGAAGGAUACAGAUUCUGGACAAAUUGAAUGACUGUGAGUAGAUCACUGACCACCUCUAUUAUCAAGUACAAAAAAAAACCACACUCAAACACACAACUUGACAACAAACUAUAAUAAAAAAGUAAGCUACUUCAAAAAUCAAAAAUAUGGGAAAAUUUAAAACUACAAUCACUUGGAGUCUUUGAAAUUGAAUAUCUAGGCUGCCUGUGCACACACAUUAAAUACAGGCACACACACAUACACACACACACACACACAGAGGUAUCUGCAAUAAAAUGGGAUCAUCUGGGGCUGCAGCAGUUAUUUUUUUUAAAGAUUGUUUUUGACUGCACCACAUUGACAACAAGCAGUGGAGCGGAAACCCAGAUCUGUCAAUGUCCCCUUUUUUAGGGAAAGCGGUGACCACUGUACCCUAAUGUGUGUCUUUAUCUUACUGUAUCUGAUAAAGACAGAGACAGAAAAUUCUGGUUUAGCUCCCCAGGUCAGCUCAUGAAAAGUGUGCUUUGAAAAAAAAAAACAGAGAAAGGCAAUUA